AUGAUAAGCAUUUAUCGAAUUUCAGGGGGAUGGCUUCUUGUAUCCAACGUUGUUUCGCACGGUUCAUCUCCCACUCAGUUGCCAGUUAAGACAUCGUACCGCGGAGUAAACAGCAAAGAGAUGGUACUCACAAAAAGCGCCAUGAAGGAGUUGAGAAAUCACUUGCAUUUCAGUCAGAUAAGAUUCCACUGCAAAAAAAGAGGAGGUCGUACAUUUCACAUCACCACGGCUGCUAACAGCAAAGGUGAAGCUGCUGUGAAAUACCUCAGUGGUGAGACAGAUCUGAUGCCUGCCUCUUGUGGUUCGUUUGUGAUCAUGAGCAAUGAUAACUCGCGGUUAGCAAGAUGUCUGCAAGGAUUGGGGGGUACCAAAGAGGUUCUUUCAAAGUUGGCAAAUGGGGCGCCGAGAGAGAUCAGAAUAGAUUAUACGACCACCCUGCUUUUGCAGAGGCAGCUUACCACUGGCUUCUUGUACCGUCUGGCAGGUGGGAAUGCGACGAUUUUGUCGUGGCAGUGUCACGUGGCGAUUUUUGGAAAAUCUUUGCGCGAUAAGAAGUCACCAUAA